CCUAAGGACCUACUAAUAAAGAAUGAGGGCUGCUGAUUGAUCGAGAGACCGGUGAUGCACAUCCCGCCAGUGCCUGGCCAUUCUCUCUUCUCAUUCCUCAUCACGCCCUAAUUUCUGCCUUUUCUUUCUGGCUACCUCCAUCAUUGCAAUUGUUGUGUGAUUUUGUUUGAAUGCAUUUCCUCUGUGCCUCUUCUAUCUAAACCAGAAUACAUUCCCUUCCAUCGGUAGCUUGACAGCGUCUUCUUCCUGUCCUUCCGUAUAGAUUCCUCCGUCAUUGGAAUCUCGGUCAGCAUUUUAUUCUUCCGUCAGGCCUUCGCCCGCCGUAUCUUUUUUCCCCUUCUCUUUGUGACUUAUCAAGUCGACUUGUUUCCCUCUCCUUGCACGACUGAACGCAUCAUCCGGAGUCAUUGGGAUGGCGCAUAUUAGACCAUGUCCAUGAGCAGUGCGUCCACCCACGAUGGAUCUGAUCCAGCGUCCCCUUCUUCCAGCGACACCACCGUCGUAGCGUCUCCCUCAUCGUCCAAGUCGAUUCCUCCCCCGAUCUCAGCAGCGGGCCAUAGAUCCUCCUACCUUGACGUCCCAUCCUUCCGGCCGUCGCUGGACAGCACGUACUCAGAGCUCUCCGAGCUGUCGUUCCAUUCGAAUGAACUUCAAGCCGUCCAUCCCCUCGUCCGCAGCAUAUCUCGAGAUGGCGCCCCGUCGAUGUCGGCCGAUCCUCCUCCACAGUCCCGCCUCAGAGCUGCCUGGGAUUCCUUCUACGUGACGAACUAUGGUGCCUUGUUGGUGCUUGCGUCUCAAGCCUUCGGUGUCGGCAUGAACAUCAGUACCCGACUCCUUGAGACCCCAGGCUCACAUGGCGAACCCAUGCACCCGUUCCAGAUCCUCUUCGCUCGACAGUCCAUCACUGCCCUCAUCUGCACCACGUACGGCAUCUACUUCAAGACAACUCCAUAUUUUCCCUUUGGCCCCCGUGGUGUGCGCUGGCUACUUGUCUUACGCGGUAUUGCUGGGUUCUUCGGAGUAUUUGGAUUAUACUUUAGCCUGCUGUACUUACCGUUGAGCGAGGCAACGGUGCUGGGGUUUCUAUCGCCGAUCCUUACCUGCUAUCUCUGCAGUCUCAUCAUGCCGGGAGAAAUCUUCACCAUGCAGCAGCAAAUUGCCGGCUUCGUCAGUCUUAUCGGCGUCCUGUUUAUUGCCCGACCAGCCACGCUCUUCUCGAGCUCAACCCAGCCUUCUGACGCCCUGGUGAGUCCUCCAGUCAACUCCACUGUGACUCCCGAGACUGGUCAACACAUCACCUCCGAGCAACAUCUGGCAGCAGUUGGCAUUGCCAUGAUUGGCGUCGUUGGUGGCGUUGGAGCACUCACUGCGAUUCGCGUCAUUGGCACCAGGGCUCACGCCUUCAUCAGUAUCAAUUACUUUAGCGUAUGGUGUAGCGUCGUCUCGCUGGUAUGCCUAAUGGUCUUCCCUGACGUCAAGUUCCGGCUGCCGGGCAAUCUCACCGAGUGGAGUCUGCUGGCCAGCCUGGGUCUCUGCGGCUUUGUGAUGCAGUUUCUCCUGACGGCCGGCCUAGCAUACGGUGGGCCGUGUGAGCCGUCCGGUCAGAGUGGCAACAAAAAUCAACCGGCACAAUUGAUCAGGGAUCUCGAAAGCACCGGUACAGCCCACCUGGAAAACCCCGUGGGCGGUGGUAAUGGUGGCCGUUUGGGGAAGCCCAGGCCCAAACCAUCCGGGACGCGUGCGACGGCCAUGUGCUACACGCAGAUGCUCUUCGCGCUGGCUGGCGACAAGCUGGUCUUUGGCGUCACCCCGGACACGAUGAGCUGGAUUGGCAGCGUGCUGAUUCUUGCGGGAGCAGUGUGGGUGGCUGCUGCCCGAGACUCGGCCACCAAGGCGAAGUCGAAUGGCCAUGAAGCCCGUGCAAGGGCCACAGGCACUCCGUCUGGAUUGGAAGUGCUGAGAGAGCAUGCACGGUCCAAGGAAGGGGCAACCCACGAAGAGGCUGUUGGCUUGAUGAGUAGCCGCCGGGACGGAAACGAGAGAGACGAAUCUGACGAUGAUGACAACGACACCAUUGACGCCGAACACCAAAAUGAACACGGCAAGGCGCUUGAAAGCAUGGAAAUGCAUGAAUUGCGCCCAGACACCAGCUGAUGCUUGGAAGGGUUAUAAGAGAAACCAUGGCGACAAUAGAAAGCUUCUUUCCCCAAAAAAAACCAGGAGUCGGGGAUACAACGAAGGACAUGGGUCUCAGGGUGGCCAAAAAGGGGGAGUGGGCAGUAUACAGGUAAUUCGACGGGCACUUUGGUGGCGAGAAGGCCAAACUGGCGUUUCUGGACUAUCUUUUGGCCGGCAAGACCCAUGGGAAUGGACUAAAUAUUGACGAGAGAACUCACACAGCCUCUACGCUUGUAGGUACAUGUAGCAUUGUAGGUAUGCAGCUCAAGCAGGAAGCACAGAACGGCAGUAUCAGGUGUCCCCGGGGUCCCCCAGGGGGGAGUAUGAAUAAACAGACGUCUGUCCAUGGCUCGAGCAUUCCGUAUCUAAGAUACCUGCUGUAGUUCAGUGCAGUGUAGUCUAUGUAGGAAUAUAGGUGCAGUUUACGACGACCUGGAAGGUUGAAGAUGCAAGGCUGAAUAUUAUCCUCGAGUCAGC